AUGUCUGCACCCUGGGACGAGACUGUGUGUGCGUGGGACGUGGAUAGAGGGAUCACACUUCGUAGCGGGUGGGCGGAGGGCUGGCAAGACAUCACGGGUCGAAUUCUGGGGACCGCAGACACGGGCACUGUCUCAUAUACAGGAUAAACAUCGCAUAUAACUCUACGCAA